UAUUCUGUAUGACCUGCGCCAGUUUGUGACGUCACACAGGUGGGAUGAUCCGCGACCUGUUGACAGGGUUCUCGUGUGAAUGAAUCUGUCUAGACUGAAUAUCGACGAAUUUGUUGCUGCCCUAGAUAAUCAUGCCUGCUUUAAUUAUUUUUAACCGUAAAAGGUAACUCUAAUGUAACCAUGAAAAUGCCCACGUCCGAAUACUAAUUACUUUCCCAAAUCGUAUAAAAGGGUAAAGUCCCAUUCAUCUAUCACAUUCACUUGUUCUCUCCCGGAUCGUCAGCAGCUCCUCAGCAUUAGUAAACAUGAAGUUCGCAGUGGUGUUGUGUUGUCUGCUCGCUUUAUAUUCGCUGGCUGCAGCUCAGGGAGGUCAGAGGUUUUGCGGACGACGGCUGGCGCGGACGCUGGCCGAUCUCUGUUACGAAGUUGACUAUGAAGAUGCGGUGAAGCGGUCUGACGGGGGAAGCAGGGCAUACGGCACUCACGGCUGGCACUGGGCGGCGCUGGGAGGCACGCGGGGCAAGAGAGGAGUCAUCGAGGAGUGCUGCGAGAGAGCUUGCACGCUGGACGAACUAUUCACCUACUGCUAGCGUCUGUUAUAUUACCACUUCGUGAGAUAUCCCUGUAAAUAAAUGCUGUUGUUACCCCAUCUGUAAUUGUUUUCAUAUGCAAGUCAUUAGCCACAACCAAGGUCGUCAAAAUACCUACCAUUUAGACAACUUUUAAACUACCAGGACGUAAUGGGACCAGAUAUAGAAUUGCAUUUAAAAACUCCUAUGACGUGAUUUUAAAAGCAAUUCCAAAUUUUGGGUCUCAUGUACUAUGCGGAAAUACUUUGGACGAAGAAAUACGGCGAAUAAUCGCACCAUACAUGAUACUUAUAAUUAUGUUCUUUGAUACCUGAAUCCUCACUUCAU